AUGGGGUGGAGGCGUACUGCUAUUAUCAACGUAGUAUUAAUCUCUACUUUGAAUCUAGUUUUAUUAAUACUCCUGGCGGUUAGCAUUUCUCAGCCAGGAGCUUCUCUUUCUCGUCCCAGCAUCAUUUUCAAUGGCAGCUGUACCACAGUAUCAACCCUCAAUCUUCUCCUCCACUUAUUGAUCAACAUUGUAUCAACAGCUGUACUUGCAUCGUCUAACUUUUUUAUGCAAAUCCUUAACGCCCCCUCCCGACAGGAAAUCAACCUCGCCCACAGUUGGCUUCAUUCUCUCGACAUCGGAAUUCCGUCAAUCAGAAACCUGUGGCACGUGUCUAAACUGAAGUCGGCCAGCUGGAUUAUCUUCCUUAUUACAUCUGUUCCAAUUCACCUCCUUUUAAACAGCUCUGUGUUUGAAACGACGUAUGAAGGGUCACAAUGGCAGUUAACAAUGGCCGCAAAAGCGUUCACUCAGGGAGCACCAUUCUUCCCGCCGGGAGCUAGCCUUACGCCCGCUGGGGGCAUUGGCAUGACGACGCAUGAGUAUUAUAUACUUCGAUCUUGGGAUUACGGAGAGAGUGUUGAUUUGGAGCAAUAUUGGAAUUCUUCAUCCUCCAUUCGCCAGAAAUUAAGAUCUGUUGCGGAGGAAUCACAUUCCUGGGCCUUUCUUAGCGCUUCGCAAUGCUAUUCCGAAUAUUUGUGCAAGCCCAGGAGACAAUACGGGGAUGUGGUACUGGUUCUUGACUCGACCGCUUCUGGAAGAGGAUUUUCAUCCGUAGAUGAUGCCUGCUACAACACUUGCUUCGGAGCUAUGGGCUUGAAUGAUUGGGAGCUUGACUCUGGUGUGCCUAUCCUGGCGGCAGAUGAGCCUUGGCUUAUAUCGUUUUUCCCGGCUGUGAGGCUCCACGACAAGUCUCUCUUUGAUGACGGCCUGACUUUCAAUGAUGAAUACGAUUCCUUGCGGGUUAACCAUUGCUUGGCUCAAGAAAUCCAACCACAGUGCAAAGUUGGCGUAUCGAACAUGCUUCUUCUCAUAGUAACACUCAGUUUUCUUCUCAAAGCAGUGCAAGGCGGCAUCAUUGCCAAAAAGCUUCCAUCAGCUUCCUUGGUCACACCGGGUGACGCCAUUGAAUCAUUUAUUUUAUAUCCUGAUGCUGUCACCAAAGGGCUUGGUACAUUGGACAUCACCAAAGCGCAGCAAAUCGAGUUCGGCAAGCGAAGACACUGGUCUGAUGCCUGGCAUCUUGGUCGCAGCCUUACAACAAACAUUCAACCUCGAAAAUGGCAGAUAUCUCAGCGUCGCCUCUGGCAGAUUAUUCCCUACGGAACUUGGUUUAAAACGUAUUCCAUACUCUUUGCAGGCAUGAUACUGCUUUCGGCCGGCUUCGCAGCAUCCUCUUCGUUAACAAGUAAUGAGUACUAUGUCGCUGCGGCUUUAUUUGCUAAUUCCCCACAGCUGAUAUUAUCCCUCGGCUAUUUUCCUUACAACUCUCUCCUAACUCAAUUCAACGUGGAGAAAGAUUGGAAUUCCUUCAGCCUCUCGCACCAGCCUCUCCGAGUCUCAUAUCCUGUCGGUCAGCAAAUUUCAAGCUACCGUCUCCAGCUGCCUUAUAAACACAGCGUGCCGUUAAUCAUUAUUAGCACAGGUCUCCAUUGGGUAGUUUCCAACUCAGUAUUCCUCUAUAUUAAUGAAGGCGGCACACAAACAGAAUACAUCACAGCCAUCGAAGCCAGAGAGGACGAUGAGGGUCUGACAGAAAAGCGCCUGAAUUUGGCACGAAGAAAGCUACGAUGGGGAGCUACCAGUUUAAUUGACAGGCUACCAGCGUCAACAUAUGGCGAAGGCAGAGCAAUCUUUCACUUAGGGUUUUCUGGGGAAGAACAUAGCAUCUCCGAGCCUAAGAAUGGCCAGUACUACCUUUAG